GUAGACGGACUCAUCAGUCCUUACAGAUGUAUGAGAAGACCGAGAGCCACAUGCUGGUUUGCACAGAUUGUCCUCAGCCCCCGUUGGUACGAAACAGCCGGUCGCAGGAGCACUGCGCCCGAAAGUGCAAGAAGGUCAAGAAAAACUUCAACUGCAGGGCCUUCGGCUUUCAUAGGCACAACAGGAAAUGCCACUUGCUUCCCUUUGACCGUUUCACCCACGGUGUGAAGAAGCAGGCCAACGUCAACUUUACUUUGUAUGAAAAAAAAGAUUAUAUAAGGGAGUGUAUCAUCGGCACCAAGGACAACUACAGAGGGAGAAGGUCUUGGACGAAGUCAAACAUCACUUGCCAAGCUUGGUCAGAUAAUAACAUCAAUGAGCACACGUUUUAUCCCGAUAGGUACCCAACGCAAGACCUGAGGGAGAACUUCUGUCGGAAUCCAAACAAUGAUCCUGGUGGUCCAUGGUGCUACACCACAGACCCCAACGUACGAGCUGAGGAGUGUGGCAUACCACGGUGUUCAGAGGAAGUCUGUAUGAUUUGUAAUGGGGAGGAUUACCGGGGCAAAAUGGACCAUACAGAGAGCGGCAAGGAGUGCCAGCGAUGGGACUCAGCAAGGCCUCACAAACACCACUUCCAGCCCAAAAAGUAUAGGGACAAAGAUUUAAAAGACAACUACUGCCGUAACCCGGAUAAUCGUCUCCGUCCCUGGUGCUACACCAUGGAUCCCAAAACUCCAUGGGAGUACUGCAACAUCACUGUGUGUGAGUCGGACUCCACUGAGGACACAGAUGUCAAUGUAACGACCUCCUGUGUCCAGGGAAAGGGCACAGAUUACAGAGGCACAAUGAAUGUCACUCCUGAGGGCGUGACUUGUCAGCGCUGGGACUCUCAGUUCCCCCAUGACCACUCAUUUCUUCCUCAGAACUUCAAAUGCAAUUUGUGUGUGUGUUACAGAGACCUCAGAGAGAACUACUGCCGUAACCCUGAUGGGGCAGAUUACCCAUGGUGCUUCACUACAGACCCUAAUCAGAGGAUAGCCAACUGCACCCACAUCCCCAGGUGUGAUGCUGAGGCCACACAAAAAAUAGAGUGUUACGAAGACAACGGAGAGACAUACCGGGGCACUUUAUCAAUAACUCGUUCUGGGAUUCCCUGUGCAGACUGGUCACAUCACAUAAACAGUGGGGAUUCUCACUCUACAGUAUCCCAUGUAGGGCUGCAGAAGAACUACUGUCGGAACCCAGACCGGGACAAGCAUGGCCCCUGGUGUUACACCAAUCCAAAUAACCGCUUGGCUUGGGACUACUGCAAACUGAAGCACUGUGAAUCAGCUACAGUGGCUCCUCAACCACAUGCUCUAACCAGACCCAAGAUAUCAUGCUUCGUGCAUAUAAACACUAGAAUAGUUGGAGGACAUCAAGUUCGAGGUACAGAUGGCAGUUGGGUUGUUAGCAUCCAAAGAGAGAAAGUUCAUUUGUGUGGUGGCUCACUGAUCAGAGAAGACUGGGUUUUGACAGACCAACAGUGCUUCACCUCCUGUGUUCCAGAUCUCAGGGAUUACAGUGUGCAGGUUGGCCUGCGCCACCUCAACGAGUCCUCAAACCAUCCAAGACUACGCAUCUCUCGCCUGAUUUGCGGCCCAGAAGGUUCCAACCUGGUUAUGCUGAAACUUGCAGAUCCUGCGCCUGUGUCUGAGGGUGCCUCCACUAUUCAUCUUCCAGUAAAAGACUGUCACAUCACUGAAGGCACCAACUGCACCAUGUAUGGAUGGGGGGAAACCAAAAAUACAGGACAUGACGAGGCACUGAACACUGUAACCAUGCCCAUGGUUAACAAUGAAAUGUGCUCACAAAUCAAAGGGGAUGCUGGGGAAAGCAGAAUAUGCGCAGGUGGCAAGAGAGGAGAAGGUGUAUGUGAUAGAGACAAUGGAGGUCCAUUGGUCUGCCAGGAACAUGAGCGCAAAGUUAUCAUCGGUGUGAGCAUCCAAAGGACAAAAUGUGCCUCAUCGCAGCCUGCACUUUUUGUUAACGUUGCUUUCUACUCGGAGUGGAUAUAUAAAGUGUUCAAACUCUACCCCAGUUUGGAGAAGAACUAAAAUAUUGUGGUGUGAAAAGUAGCUCCAUACAGGACUUUACCGCAGCCUGCGAGAAGAGGGACGACUUCGGGCCAGAAAAUUCCAAGAACUCUCCAGGAUUGACCACAGGGGAGAAAUUUGGAAAAUCACCUUAUGGAAAGUGGCCAUUUUGGGGUUUUGCAGCUGAAUUUGUCAUUUUACGAAGAGGACAGAGACUAGUGAUUGAAGAAUGGAUAUAAUAAGAUGGAAUCUCACUCAUUCUUCCAUUUUGCAAGAGUUGACACGCAGGUUGUUAGCCUUAAUAUCAUUUUUACAUCCAAAGUCUCGGGCACAUGGACGGCGUACUAAUUGUAUUUUGGCAUGUUCAGAAUUUCUUAAGCCAUGCAAACAAAGACAAUGAGAAUGGCACCUGUGACUCAGUAUUAUCUCCUGGAAUAUACUUGAAUAUGAACAGAACCCAGAUCGCUGUUGCAUACGACUCAAGGUAGCCUUCUGUGACUGGAAUUUCUUUCUUUUUUUCUUUUUUCUUUAUGUGUUGAGCUGGACUGCAAAACACAUCCUUUUACCUCCAACACAAGUGAUGUGGAAGGACAGAAAUGGUGUUCCAUAAUCUCAACAAAUGUUCUGAUUUGGUCACGUGUUUUACGAUACCGUACUAAUAUCAACGUAACCAAAAAUAUCCAACAAAAAACUAAUGUGAUACCAAAAAGGAAGAAAAUAUGAGCAUGACAAAGUCAUUAUAAACUCAGCAUUACAGACACUAAAGUCCCUGAGAAAAUAGUGAUUAAGCCAAUCAGUCUGCAAAUCCAAUCCUAUAAUUGGCUUCAGAUAUACCAGUAGUUAAGUAUAUAGAAUACGCUGCUUGAAAAGCUAACUGCAGCAGCCUUGGCAAACCAUUCAGUGCUAAUUGUGUGCAGUAGCUGGACUACCUUUUCCCCAGUUAGCUGUAACUGUUAGUUUCCCCGUGAGACGAUCUAAGUACGACUGAGCGAACUGCUCCAAAUCUUAUGCUAAUAGGUGAAGCAUGAGAGAGAGAAGAGCCAUGCCAAAUGUAACAUGGUUAUUUGGUCUCCAGUUUGGAGGGAACUGUGGCCCCUGGCGGGCUGUGUGUGGUCAGUAGGAUAUUUUAUGCUUUUUUUAUUUCAUGGAAAGUGACUCCUUAUGUACAUAACUGCAGAUUUAUUGCGUAUUGUUCUGCCGUGCUGUAAGAUUUUAUAGGUCUUAUAGAUCUGAAAUAUUUUUGGUUCACUUAGUAACGUCAGAUUGGCUUCUUCCUGCCUCUGAUUAUGUUUAAUAUUUAAAGAGACUGCUAGCUUGUAAGCAGUAGUUAGGUAUAUUUAUUUUUUUAAUUAGCAGAAGACAUUGCAGAUAAACCCAGAUUUUGGUGAUACUUGGUUUUUGUUUCUUUUAUUCUGAGAGUAAUUAAAGAUCCCAUAAGGACUGGGUGCAUGUUUGACUCCCAGGUUAAAGCCAAAGAAAAAUAAAAUAACAUGCCAUUGACAGUAUGCCUUAUACGGUCAAACUUCUAAAUUUAGGGUGCUUCUUUCAUUUUAAGUUACUGUUGUUCUGCCCAGGGUUAAAUUCUUCUUUUUAAUUUGAGGGGCAUUAAACAAGGAAGUGAAAUUUGAACAUGCAAUACACACAAACACGAGAAAACAGUCACAGACGUGCAAAUGUUUUCAUUUACAAAUUUUUAUUUAAGAUAUUUGGCAAAUAUGAUGCCUAGUCAAUGAGGAACAUACCACUACAGGUGAUUUGAAAUCAUUGGCAUGGUGUUGGCCACUUUGGAUAUAGUAAAUGAUCACUUGUUUAUCAUAAACAUGAUGAUAACAUCAUGUUUCUUUAAAGUCAGAUCAACACUUUCUGAUUAGGAUUGACCUGUAGUUAGAAUGGAAAGAAAACGUUUCUCCAACAAGAUUCUCUGUUUACCACAAUUUCUGAUUAGGCAAAACUUUGCAGAUCGCCAGAUUAUAGCCCUGAAUACCCUAAAUGAUGCCCCAGUGGCCCUGUGAUUCCCAUUCAAUGACAGCAGUGUAUUUUAGUGGUGUUGUGUUUGUGUGGCUGUUACUAGAACAUUAAAGCGUGAAAAUCCAUUCACAGCUCCAAAAUGAGUGUUCUGAAUAUCACCUGGAAAAUGGUAGAUACCAUGAGAAAAGAUCGAACAACCCUCUUAGCCCUGGUUACAGCCAAGACGUAAGCCUAUGAAGCAGCAAUUUAAAAGAAGGAUGCUUCAUUAAAGGUGACCGACUGAUUCAAUAGGGGAAACCAAAUGCCAAAUAUUCUUAGUUAUGUGGCAGAUCUUGUCACUGUGUUGUGAAUUGAUCCGUUUUCUUGUCAACCAAGCUCUUAUGGAGCUGUAACUGUUAUUUAAUUUACCUUUAUGUAAAUAGCCUCGCGCAUUCUGUAAAUUACAAUUUGUAAUUUUUGUAAAUAUCUUACUUAAGUAUUUUUAUUUCAUGGUCAUUCUGUUUAUAUGUUUGUAUUAUAUAAACUUUAAAUAUCACAGCUGCUAUUUUGUGUUAGUGAGUUGUUUUAUAUCUAUGACCUUUU